AACACUUUUCGACUGUGGAAAUGGCGCUCUGCGUUGUUGGAGCCUGAAGUCUGAGGAUCCCUUCGUGCAUGUCAGUCAGGUGAAUCUCGUAGAGGUCUAUCGGUGGGAGAAGUACUUUAAAAAGCAACGGAUUAUGACAAAGGACGAAAGGAAUCGAGAGAAUUGUAAAGGAAAACGAACCAAUCGUGGCUCUGAUAAAGCCGUCAACAUCCUCGGACAGUGAACAAUGCAUGACCUGACCGCCCAAGUCACCAGCAGCCUGCUGCCUUUCUCAGGAGUGACUGUAGAUGCUCUGGGUGGGGAUGAGAUCACGCUAGACUCUGUUCUUCAUGGGAAAUUUACUGUUGGUCGCAGCGGGUUGGCCUGGCUGGCCUGUGGACCCCAUUUGGAGGUUGUCCAUGCUGUGACAGGAGAACGGCUGUCUGCGUACUGCUUCAGUGGCGGAGGGGAGCACCCACCUAAUAUCCUUGCUGCCAGAGACUUCAGCUGGCUCAAAAGGUCUGGAUUGCUGGUUGGUUUAGAAGAAACCGAAGGCAGUGUGCUGUGUCUUUAUGACUUGGGACUGUCAAGAGUGGUUAAAGCUGUUGUCAUACCAGGCAGAAUCACAGCUAUUGAGCCGUUAGUGAGUUAUGGCGGAGCGAGCACUUCAACACAACACCUUCACCAGAGUUUGCGCUGGUUCUUUGGAAUUGCCGCUAUAGUAACAGAUCUUGGUCAUGUGCUGCUUGUGGACCUCUGUCUCGAUGAUCUUUCCUGCAGCCAAAGUGAACUGGACGCUUCAGACUUGCAGGUAGUAACUAAAUCUCCUGCCGAGAUCCCCAGGCUAAGAGAAGUCAGCACCAGAGAGGGCAGACAUCUUUGUCUCCAGCUGAAUGGACCUAGUGGAACUGGAGCCACAGCUCUGCAGUACAUCUCCAGGACCAACCAGCUGGCAGUAGGAUUUUCCGAUGGAUACUUACAGCUGUGGAACAUGAAGACUUUGAAGAAAGAAUACCACUCACAGUUAGAGGGUGGCAGGGUCCCCGUACAUGCCUUCACCUUCCAGGAGCCAGAGAACGACCCCAGGAACUGCUGCUACCUCUGGGCUGUCCAGUCUUCUCAGGAUCUCGAGGGAGACAUGGUCAGCCUGCGCCUGCUUCAGUUGGCCUUCAGUGAAAGAAAAUGUCUAACUUCUGGAAAGAUCCUCUAUGAGGGUCUCGAGUACUGUGAGGAACGUUACAGUCAGGAUUUAAGUGGCGCUGCUUUCCCUCUUCGGGCACAGGCCACAAACACCCGCCUGCUGAGUUGCCAGACCAUCGAGAAAUUCAGACCUCAUCCUGACAGGGAUGACAGCAUGAAUGAAGUUGCAUCUCCAGACACCAGUGUGUCUAUCUUCAGCUGGCAAGUCAAGGCCUAUGGCCAGGGAAAUCUGUCUACCUAUAUCGGGGUUUUUGACAUCAACCGCUGGUACCACGCCCAAAUGCCAGACUCUUUAAGAACGGGAGAGUCUCUGCAGACGUGUCCAUACCUCGCAGCUUGGUCUCUGGAUCCAGUGGUGCAGAUGGUUUCUCCACACAUCUUCCUAGAUGUGGUGGUACAUGAGCGCAGCCUGAGCAGGGGCCUUCCCUUCACCUGCCCUCCACCCGAACAGUACUUUAACCCCACCACUUAUAACUUUGAUGCUACUUGUUUGCUCAACUCUGGAAUUGUUCAUUUAACAUGUUCUGGGUAUCAGAAAGAGACCCUCGGUUUUUUGAAGAAAGCUGCUCCUUGUUCCAGUGACAUCAUCUCCACUAGCUACUCUCACUGCCUUAUGUCCGGCCUACUCUCUUCCCGUCUGGGUGACACCCAGGCAUCCAGCCUGUCUCAGGAAGAGCAGCUCGAUGCAAUCUUGUCAACUGCGGUGGAGACUAGUUCCUUGGGACUGAUAACUGGUUGUAUUAAGCAGUGGACUGCAGAAGAACAACCAGGGUCUGCAUUGAACCUGCGCUACAUCCUGGAUUGGGCCUGGAACAAAGUAGUUCAGACCAAGGAAGAACUGGAUGGCAUCUGUGCGCCGCUGUUUGACAGCUCAUCUAACUUCACAGAUCCUCAGACCAUGCAGCUGCUGCAGCACACUCAAAGACUGCUGAGUAACCUCAGUGCCAUUUUCCACUGUCUGCUCAGUGAAGCUCAGGAGCUCACACAAAAAGGUCUGGUGGGUCUAAUGAACAAGAAUAUGGUGUCCAGUCUCAUCUCCAAGUAUGCUCAGGUGGUCCUUUGGUUCUGCCGUACUGGCUUACUCCCUGAGGGUUCAGAUAAUGAUGCUCUUCAGAUUUCCAGGCCUUUCUACACUCACUCAGUCAUCAGCAACUAUUAUACCAUACGGAGGGAGGAGCUGACCAGGCUGGCCAAGGGCAAGUGGUGCGCAGACUGCCUGAUGAUUGACGGUUUAGUUGGCCAGUGUGGUGAACACUUGACAAACCUGUGGAAAAGGGAUGAAGGUGGAACAGGACACUACCCACCACCUACACUGCAUGCCUUGCUUGACAUAUAUCUGCUGGACAACAUUGAUGAGGCUGCCAAACAUGCAAUUGUGAUUUAUCUCUUGCUGGAUGUCAUGUACUCCUUCCCCAAUAAGGACGGAGCAUCAGUGGAGUCUUUUCCCACAGCUUUUGCAAUCCCUAUUGGGCUAGUCAAACUGGUACAAGGCCUCUGGCUGCUGGAUCAUCAUGACCAUCAGAGUUCAUUUGAGCUGCUUUUGCAUCCAGCUGCUUCUCAGUUUCACUUUGAGUGGCAGCAUGAACGCGUCCUGCAAGCACUGAUGUGCCAGGGCCAACAGUCAGUGGCCCUACGAUACUUCCAUGUCACAAAGCCCGCGAUUUCCACCACAUCCCAGGCCAAACUUAGCCUGUCUGUCCUGCUUCACAACAGGUGUCUCAUAGAGGCGUGGUACCUCCUACGGCAGCACUCAAAUCGCCUGAACAUGACGGAGCUGCUGGGUUUCCUCUAUGAAAACUGCCAGGAGUUAGGCCUCAUCAAAGAGCUGCUCAAGCUGCCCCUGGGCCUCAAUGAACAGGAAUGCUUGGAGAAGUUUCUACAGGGGACAGGGGGUCUGCAGAACAGAGAACUGCUGAUGGUUCACUACCUUCAGCAAGCCAACUACAUUCCUGCUCUACAACUCAACCACAGCCUCAAAAUGAACUUGGUGAAUGAACGAGACCCAAAGCUUAAAGAACGAUCCAACACGAGGAACUCCAUACUGGAUCAGUAUGGCAAGGUUUUGCCCAGAGUUCAGAGGAAACUGGCAAUGGAGAGAGCAAAGCCCUACCAACAUCCCAACACCAUCCGCAGAGAAGUUUCCCGGCCACAGCCACUGUCAACCAUUACUAAGCGUACUGCCAGUGAGAAGGUUAUGUCCAGGGCUGGGUUUAUCAACAAUGUCCUGACCAAGAUUGAGGAGGUGUGGUUGGGCAAUGGAGCCACGCAGUCCUCUCCAUCCAAGAGCCCCAGGGCAACUGAGGUUCCAAGCUCUAGCCCUAAGUCAUCCUCCCUGGCCCUUCCUGAACCAUUCCUUGGAACUCCUGUCACCUUGACCUCCAAACGAAAGUCAAGUGUGGCCAGGCUGAUUGAUUUGGUGGUUCAUCCUGCCUGUCAUACACCUCGGCCUCUUCUCAGCCUUCCCAGACCUCCCAGUGCGUGGGUUUCAUCAAAGAGCAAAGCACCUGAACUCAAUUUGCUGCAGACACCUCAGGUCGUCAAGAGAGCCCGGGCCUUGGCUGCUUCUGGCCCAGUCUUCUCAGGCUUCACUCCCCAGUCCAUCUUGCGCAGCAGCCUGAGGCCCACACCCAUCGCCACUCCUUCUGCCUCACCAGGUCGCUCCGUCACACCUCCUAUGCGCAGCAAAGAGAGUCGGAUCACCUUUAUUGAAGAGGCAGAAUCCCCCGAGGUAGAGAAGGGCAUUCGAUGGACUAAUGGGAUGGCAGCAGACAGUGAGAUUAGUCGGCUGACCAGAAGCUCCGCACUGUCCAAGGCUGCACGUAAGACCUGGUCAUCACAGCCUGCUGAAGGGGAAGAAGAUGAAGACGAGGAAGGGGAACAACCUCGUAUAAAGUUCUUGCCUCCAGAAGGUAGUAUUUCCUCUCCACAGCUGAGAUGCUCUGAAAGCGAGUCGUCCUCUACCCAUGAAGUCACUGCAGAAAAAAAGCAAUCAGAUGCAAUGCAAGCACGUCUUAAUUUGAGCCUUGACACCAGCCAGACAUCAGUUCGGUCAACGGACAAUACUCUAGAGUUUUUUGAUGCUCCUCUUUCAGUAGACCAUGAAGGAAAGGAUGGCUAUAGAGCUACAGAGAAAGAAGAUGAUGGUGAUGACAGUGUAGUAACAGUCAAUAUUAACUACUUGGCUGAAAAAGAAGAACCAGAGGCAACAACUGAGCCAGCAACCUCACCAAUAACUGAGCAAACUCUUCCCCUGACAUCAGAGGAUUUGGAAAAGGAAAAAGAUGAUAUGAGGGAGGACAGAAUAUCAGAGGAUGUGGUGGAAGUUGAUCUUGAGCAGGAGGAAAAAACUGCUGUGAUGGAAGUUGAUCUUGAACUGGAGGCUAAAACUGAGGAAGAAGUUCAGUCUGAAAAAGAGGAUGAUCAAGAUAUCAAGUUGAGCACCGAACAAGAUGCUGCCCCUGUUGACCAAAAUGAGAGCUCUACUUAUCAUCAAGUUGGUAACCAGGAAGCUGAAAGUGCAGACUCUGGCACUGAGGCUGAAUCUCGGGAUCUCCCAGUGAAAGCUGAGGGCGAGGAUCUCCAAUCAGAGGCCACUGAGUUGAGCACAUACCCUAAACCCCUCGGAGCAGCCGAAACCACAAGUGAACUAGCAGAUGAUCUGGAACAAUCAGAAGAUCUGACAGAAUUUGUUCAGAGGCAUCUGUUUGGUGGCAAUCUGUCUCCAUUCAUUCGCUCCACAAUCCACAAUGCAUCGCAGAACCAGCCUUCCUUCAACAGUGAGCCAUUAGGUAAAGAUGAAGAGGAAGCACAGGCCGCUACUGAAGCUCCCCCGGUGUUUACCACCCAAAAAUCUGCUGCUUCUGUAACAUCCUCAGAGCCAACUGGCACUGAUUCUCACUCUGUUGUGAGCGUCAAUGACAGUGAAGACCUUUCUAGCUCAGGGUCUGAAGAGGAGGAAGAUGAGGAGGAAGAAGAGGAGGAGUCUGAUCAAGAAGAAGAAGAGGAGGAGGAGGAGGAUUCUGGUAGCGAGGUGGAGAUCAUUGAGGAAGUCCCGGGUAAUGAUAGGCUGCCACCCCUCCAAUCCAGUUCAGUGUUUGUACAGCAGGGACACACACACUUCCUGCCAACACAAUCGGAGCAAGAGGCUGCUGUGUUCUCUCUGAUCACACCUGGUGCAGAGAUUAAGAUGGUAGGUGAGGACAUGGAGGGUGAAGUGGUGAUGGUGAGACUUGGGGCAGAUGAUGGAAUGAUGGAUCCAGAUGAGGAUGUAGAGCAAGGAUCAUCAUACAUGGAGCUCAAACCCUCUACCACGCUCUUGGUACCUGUGGAGCUUGUAGAAGGACAGCAUGGCCUGGUUGAUAGCACUCAGCUGGAUCUUCCUGAGCUUCAGCAAUCUGUUGUGGCAGAUGAAACUCAGGGCAAUUUCUCCUUGAUGUUGGAUGUGGAGGAGGAUGGCGAUAAAGAGGCAGGCGCACUACCUGUAGAGAAUAAUCUGCAGUCAUGUGACCCUUCCAUCCAGUCUCAAGUUGUGGAUGCUAGUAAUGAAUUUUUGGUCCAACCUGAGGUUAUUCUUUUGAGCAGAGAGGACCAGGAUGCUCCUCAGUCUGAAGAAGCCUUACGAGAAGAUAAUGGAGAAGAGUUGGAGACCGUGGAUGGAAAUGCUGUAGAUGGCCCAAAGGAAUCUGAAGUUGAUAAACUCCAAGCUGACCUACAGACUGAAUAUAUUGAAGCAAAGCAAGAAGCAGAGGAUGCUAAAGAGCAGAAGGAUGUAGAGUUGGUAAUGCUGGCUGAAGAUCAUGAAUCUGCUGCUCUUUCAUUUUUUGAGCCAGCUCCAGUGGGAGAAUGUUUAACAGCUGUGGAUGACUUGGAAUCUGUGGCAAAGACAGAAGCUGCUGAUGUAGAAGUGGAAGCGAAGGACAAACAAACAUCUGCUGAGGAGCAGGAAGAGCCUGAGGAGAAUGGUCCCAGUGCAGAGACAGAGCCUGCUGUGGAGGAAGAGGCGCUUCAGGACCACAAAGCAUCCAUGGAGGCAGAAAAGGAUAACAGUGAAGAUGUUAAGACAGAGAAGGAACAGAUGGGUAAGGGAAGACCAAGUAGAUCUGGAAAGCAGGUUUUGAGCUCAAACAGCGAGCCAGAUGAAGAGCUUGUACCAGAGCCUCUUUUGUCUCAGAGGAAGAAGACUCCUUCCAUUCCAACAAGGAGGAUGACGAGAGGGAGGAUGGUUACUUUUGUCUCUCCUCUAUCAGAGGAAGCAAAUGAGCCAGAGGAGGAUGUGAAAAUGGAGGAUACUAAAACAAGCACUUUGGUCUCUACCUCACCGAGUCGUACACCUAGAAAAAGUAAACAGGUCAAAGAAACCAAAGUCCCAGCCAGCACACCUCGAAGAAGUACCCGCAAAACACAACCAGACCCUCUUAAAGAAGAGGAUGGAGAGGUUGAGGUCAUGGAUAACAAUACCUCAGUUGCAUUAACCUCCAAGGCAACUUCUCCUGCCAGACGUUCCCAGAGGGUCACUGCAACAAGGACCAGCCAAAGGACUCAAAGUGGCAGUGAGAAGGUGUCUACAGCCACAGAGGUUGAAAUGAAACAUGAGGAGGACAAAGUGGAGGAAGUUAAAGUUGUAAAAGCAAGUCAACAAACAAACUCGAAGACUCCAACCCCAUCCAAACACACAACCUCUCACAUAAAGACUCCGAGGAGGUCCAGCCGAAGGGUAACAAGUAGCAUUGAGGUGGUGGAAGCACCGCUUGAGAUCUUGAAAGAAGAAAGCGAACAGGAUGAGGUCUUUGACUCUCCUGUAAGACGCAGCUCCAGAAGGACAAAGACAGAACUAUCAGAGACGCUGCCCGCAGUUCUGGAGAAAGAAGACAAAAACCAGCAAUUUCCCAGCUCUGCCCGGACAUCUCGACAUUCAAGCCGCAUUAGCCUAAAUGUAUUUCCACAAGUGAAACUGGUUCCUGUGUCACUUCCUCAGAGUGCAAAAAAGAUGAAAGAAGAGACAGCUUCCGAAAACAUAACAGAGACUGAAGAUUUGCAUGAGCCCGAACCAGCCAGAAAUGCAAGUCGAACCAACUCCCGUCGCCCCACUAGAAGCAAACUUUGGGACCACCUAGAGGAAGAUCUUCCCCUCUUGGACUCACCGUUGGAGGUGAACUCCGAGACUGUUGCAGAUGCCCUUAUCAAAAGACUUCAGGAUGAGGAAGAGAAGCAGGAAGAUGAUGCGGCUGUUAAGAAGGUGGUGAGAACCAGCAAGAAGAGUAAAAAGUCAUCAGUGCAGCAAGUUCACUCUCCUGUGAAAGACGGGCUGCUUCCAGACCCUGAAGAUGAAGAUCCCAGUCCAGGCGAACAUUCAUUCAUCUAUUCCCCCUCACGAAGACGAACGAGAGCCCAAAGAACAGAUCCUUCUGAACACAGUGAAGCACCCGUCACCCGCAGCAGAGUCAAAGCUCAGGAUGAAAUUUCUUCAGAAGAUAAUCUAGAGGUCGACAAAGAUGCAGGCACUUCUAAAUCCAGAAAAACAAGCAAGCGAACAGCCAAAUCCAAAGCUGUUUUGAAGCCGCUUCCAAUCGCAGAAGUUGAAUUGAUCUCACCUCUGCCCAGUCCAGCUGAUCCAAUCCCACGAGCAUCGAAGAGGAUUAAAGAGGGAGACGCACCAACCACCAGCAGGAACCUUCGACGUAAACGCGUCUUGGACACGGUUUUGACCAAACGUGUCACUCGGAGGAAGAAACUGUAGGGAGGUUGGUGGUUGUUUUUAACCAGUGAACCUCAGACAGCCACCUGGAGAGCUGAACCAAUUCAGUUGUGAGCUGUCAAAUAAAAAUGUAUGCCUAAACUCAAGAUGGUUCCAUUUCCUCAAAUGCCUCGCAGCGCUGCAAAGUCUAUAUUGACUUCCCUGUAGGGGGGAAGAAAAAAAAAGCAGUGCAGGGAGAAAAAUCUAUUUUUGGGACAAAGCACACUGGUGGUUAAGUGUGAGAGAGACUAUAUUUUUGGAGUUUACAUGUCCCUCUCUUACUAACUUGAUUUGCAUCUGUCUGUGGCUAUUUUGUGUUGAUGUUCUGCUGCUCUCCCCAGCUUGAUUCUCUCGAUGCAGAAUGACACAAGGGAACGCAAUCAGUGUGGAUUUUUAAAGGCUCCCAUUAAUAAAACCCAUGACUGAAAAGAACUUCCCUCUGAUAAAGAGGUUUUAUUACAUGCUUUUAAAAUUUUUGUUGUUUUUUGCUUUUAAAAAUUCAAGGCCUGCUGUUUUUUCUAUUUAAGAAGAAAAGCAACCAACCCAGUGGAGAUACAUUUCUACUGAUAAAUUUGUAUAUAGUCUUUUUGCUAUGUUCCAAAUAAAGUUAAUAAAUACUAA